UCGCUAAUCACACCACUUAUAAUUCCUCGUCCCUAUAUUAUAUAUAUAUAUAUAUAUAUAUGAAUAAAUUUGUAAUUCGCCCCAUUUCUCUCCACUUUGUGGUUGUUUAAUUCUCGCUCUCGAGCACUUACACGACAAACUCGUCUUUAGAUUCAGAAUCUGCGGAUGCUUCAAAAACUACUCAAGGUUUAAUUCUCAUUGAAACAGCGCGAUUUAGUUUGAUGUCCCAAUUGUUAUCGAUUGGUGAUCCCGGAUCUGGCAAUUUGGAACCGAUUUUGCUACGAUUUGGUAGAGAUUUAUAGUAUCAAUUGAUGUGGAAACCCUAGCUCGAGGUGAAUCGGAUUCAGUAUGCUUUUGCCAUUUUAGUGGAGGAUCUCAUAGACGACUGAUGGCGAAACCCUAGCUCAAGGUGAUCGGAGUCGUUUACUUGUCGGAUCCAGUGUUGUUGGUUGCAUCUCGGAUAUUAGUGUAGGUGUAUUUUGGAGAUGAUGCAUUCGAGAUCUACGCAGCUAUCGUAUCGGGAUCGAACAGAUGAGUUCCGUGCCGCCGUAGAGAGCUUGAAGAAGCACCUAUCAUUCACCACCACCACAACAGAUGCUCCCAGUGGUAGUGCCACCGCAUCGAGAUUCGAUGGUUCGAGAUCAGUGGUGUCAAUCCAAUCGGAGUUCAGCAAGAAGGCCUCGAAAAUUGGGCUUGGGAUCCAUCAAACAUCACAGAAGCUCACCAGACUCGCCAGAUUGGCAAAGAGGACAUCAAUUUUCGACGAUCCCACUGUAGAGAUACAGGAAUUAACAGCAGUUAUCAAGAAGGAUAUUACUGCUUUAAAUUCUGGAGUUUUAGAUCUUCAACUCCUUUGCAAUUCUCAAAGUGGGAGUGUUAAUAUUUCAAAAGACACCACCAGUCAUUCAACAACUGUAGUUGAUAAUCUGAAAAACCGCUUGAUGAGCACAACGAAAGAAUUUAAAGAAGUUCUGACUAUGAGGACAGAGAAUUUGAAGGCGCAUGAUAAUAGAAGGCAGCUAUUCUCUUCUUCUGCUUCGAAGGAUGCAACCAAUCCUUUCAUUCGCCAACGCCCUCUGGCUUCUAGGGGAUCUUUUGACUCUACAACUCCAGCACCAUGGGCAAAUGAUUCGGAUUCAUCUCCAUUGUUCCGAAGGAAAAAGAAGAAUGGGGACUCGUCGUCAUCAACCCAGCCUGUAGUACAGCAGCAACAGCAGCAGCAACUGGCGGUACAGGAUAGUUACAUGCAGAGCAGGGCGGUGGCUCUUCAAAAUGUCGAAUCAACGAUUCAUGAGCUGGGCAACAUCUUUACACAACUUGCUACCAUGGUUUCUCAACAAGGAGAGCUUGCUAUCAGGAUUGAUGAGAACAUGGAUGACACAUUGACGAAUGUGGAGGGAGCACAGGGGGCUCUGCUCAAGUAUCUUAGCAGCAUAUCCUCGAAUAGGUGGCUGAUGAUCAAGAUAUUCUUCAUCUUGAUGGUCUUCCUCAUGGUUUUCCUAUUCUUCGUUGCGUAAUUCUGUGGUAACAUCCAGAUUUUCUCAUUUUCUUCUUUUCCCUCACUACACCAUUUCGUUCCGAUGAUAAGCAGCUUUGCCAUGUAGAAUGGCAUUUGCGUGUGUAUAUCCAGAGUGAGACAUCGAUAUCCUGAGUCGGGAUGUGCUCCGCUCUUGCUUUGUUCUGUUUUGUUAUACAUGUUCGUUAGAAUCUUUUCCUUUACAUAAAUGUAAUCUUGAUUGGAUUGUACAUUUUGCAUUGAAGUAUAAGAUCGAAAGGACACGCCAAGAGAAAUCUUAGGCAUGCACUGGUUUGGUGCACUGGGUGCUGGUGAAAUUA